UCCAUCUCCCUCUUAGGGCUCCGCUCCCGAGCUGCAGCUUGAGUCAGUUGUGUGGAGGUGGCAGCGGCAGCAGCUCCGGCGGGCACACCCCGAGCCCCGCCGUGCCCAGCCCGGGCCACCGGCACCCAGGGCCCGCGGAGCCAUCGAGCGUGGAACUGCCCACCCCAGCUCGGGGGUGUCCCUGGGUCCCUGUCCUGCCACCGGGGCCGGGCUGGCACCGCGGGGCUCCGUGCCCCGGGCAUGACGGGCACCCGCCCGGCUCCCUGACGGCUCCCGAGCCCGCGGCCGCCCCGCUCGCCCCCCAUGCCCUUCGCCCACGGGGCCGCGGGUCCCCGAGCCCCGGCUGGCAUGGGCGACGUGCCCGAGCCGUGCCCGCAGGCCCCGCUGGCCGUGCUCUCCAAGGUGGAGCUGCGGGUCAGCUGUAAACACCUCCUGGACCGCGACACCCUCAACAAGUCGGACCCCUGUGUCCUGCUGCUGAUGCAGUCCCAGGGCCAGUGGAUGGAGGUGGAUCGCAGCGAGGUGAUCAAGAGCAACCUGAACCCCGUGUUCGCCAAGAUCUUCACGGUCGAUUACUACUUCGAGGAGGUGCAGAAGCUGCGGUUCGAGGUGUACGACAGCCACGGCCAGGCUGGCGUGGGCACGCACGACGACGACUUCCUGGGGGGCAUGGAGUGCACCGUGGGGCAGAUCGUGGCGCAGAAACGGGUGACGAAGCCGCUGUUCCUCAAGUACGGGAAGUUUGCGGGCAAGUCCACGAUCACGAUCAUCUCAGAGGAGAUCUCGGGGAACAACGGCUACGUGGAGCUCGCCUUCCGCGCCAAGAAACUGGAUGACAAGGACCUCUUCAGCAAGUCGGAUCCCUUCCUGGAGAUCUACCGCAUCGACGAUGACCGCAGCGAGCAGCUGGUGUACCGCACCGAGGUGGUGAAGAACAACCUGAGCCCCAUCUGGGAGCCCUUCAAAGUCUCCCUCAACUCACUCUGCAGCUGUGAGGAGAAGAGGAAGCUGAGGUGUGUGGUGUGGGACUACGACUCGCGGGGCAAGCACGACUUCAUCGGGGAGUUCUUCACCACCUUCGAGGAGAUGCAGAAGGCAAUGGGGGAGAACAAGGUGCAGUGGGACUGCAUGAACCCCAAGUACAAGAUCAAAAAGCGCAACUACAAGAAUUCGGGGGUCGUGGUGCUGCUGGACCUGAAGAUCCACAGGGUUUACUCCUUCCUGGAUUACAUCAUGGGCGGCUGCCAGAUCCAUUUCACGGUGGCCAUCGACUUCACAGCCUCCAACGGGGACCCCCGAAACAGCUGCUCCCUGCACUACAUCAACCCCUACCAGCCCAACGAGUACCUCAAGGCGCUGGUGGCUGUGGGUGAGAUCUGCCAGGACUACGACAGUGAUAAGAAAUUCUCGGCUCUGGGCUUUGGUGCCAGGAUCCCCCCCAAGUAUGAGGUCUCCCACGACUUCGCCAUCAACUUCAACCCCGACAAUGAUGAGUGUGAGGGCAUCCAGGGCGUCGUGGAGUCCUACCAGAGCUGCCUGCCCAAAAUCCAGCUCUACGGCCCCACCAACGUGGCUCCCAUCAUCUCCAAGGUGGCUCGUGUGGCGGCUGAUGAGGAGCGGACCAAGGAGGCGUCGCAAUACUUCAUCCUGCUGAUCCUGACGGACGGGGUGGUGACCGACAUGGCAGACACGCGGGAGGCCAUCGUCCGAGCCUCCUACCUGCCCAUGUCCAUCAUCAUCGUCGGCGUGGGCAACGCCGACUUCACGGACAUGCAGAUCCUGGACGGGGACGACGGCGUCCUGCGCUCCCCGAAGGGCGAGCCCGUCCUGCGCGACAUCGUGCAGUUCGUCCCGUUCCGCGAGUUCAAGAACGCGUCGCCCACAGCCCUGGCCAAGUGCGUGCUGGCGGAGGUGCCCAAGCAGGUGGUGGAGUACUACAGCUACAAGGCGUUCCCCCCGCGCUGCCCCCGGCCCCCCACCCCCGACCCCACCCUCGGCUCCCCGCAGUGAGCUACCCCCGAGCCCCGAUCUCAUUCUCCCCGACCCCCGACUCCGGCCUCAGCUCCCCCAGUGAGAGACCCCCAGUGCCCCCAGCCCCAGCCUUGGGGUGCCCCGAUGAAGGGCCCCGACCCCAAUCUCAGCGUGCCCCAGUGAGACCCCCCCGCCCCGUCCCGGUGUGGCGUGGGGACAGACGGGACCCCGCCAGGCCCUGCCCUGCCACAGCCCCCACCUGGCUGGGACAUGGGGCAAGUCCCGGCCCCCAGUGCAGGACACCCCCAGCCCUGCUCGCUCCUGCUGGUCUGUGCCCCGUGUCCCGGACCCAGCCGUGCUGUCCCCUCGGUCCCCUCGGUCCCCGCUUCUCUGUCACUGUGAUACUUGGAGGCUGCAUGAUCCCCCCAAUAAAGCACCACCCCUGUGCCCAUCC